AUGACACCCGACACAGAAACGGAGGGGUCGCAGCCAUGGCAGCAGCGUGUCUCAGGUGAAGCUAGAAGUGGCAGGGUCACUUACACCUCCAUGGUGUGCACCUUGAUUCUGCCGAGGGACGGUCUGGUGGAUGUGUCGGUACAAAGCCUAGCGCGUGGCAGCUGGUUUCAGAACGACAGCUGGACGGAUUUGGUCGAAGGCACAGAUUGCCGUACCCAAAGCAUUGGCAAUGGCACUUUUCAUCUCACCGUUUGGUGUUUGAAGCCUGAGACACGCUACAGCUUCCGUAUCCUACCAGCUGUGGACCAGAGUGAGAGCGAAGACAAAACACUUGGCAAAGCAAGCGCAGCGAGCGCAGCCGGCGCAGCCCUUCUCUCAUGUGAGUGCGAGACCUUGGGCAAAGCUGCUUGUGAAGCUCCACGCUGCAUGAGGCGAUUGACAGAUGGUUUGGAGCUCCACUGGUCUAUUAAGACACCCAGCCAAGCUCCGGUUUUGGAGUGUCAGCUUCAAUUUUGUACGGCGGACUUCUUGAGCAUGUGGCAGGACGUGUCAAACGUUGACAUCAAGCUGCUGGAUUCGAGACGAGUCGCUUCCAGUGAGUACUCUGAGUAUAGGGAAGAGACUUGGCAGGGGAUCAUUUCCAAGCUGAAGAUUGCCACAGCAUAUCGCUUUAAAGUGAGAGCAUGCAAUAGUAUCGGCUGGUCCGACUUUUCAGACCCGCAGCUGUGUCUGACAUCUGAAGCACCUGGGCCACCCACGCAGCUCAAAUUGGUGGCUCGUUGUCCCGGAAAAGUUGAAGUAGAGUUCGAGUUUGCAGAUGAAGAAGGUUGCCCAGUCUCACAUAUAGAGCCGGAGUUUUGCCUGAAACCAGAUGGUUCGAAUACUGGGGUCUUGCCCGGGGAAACUGGCGAUGGCAUUAGCAGCAUGUUUGACAUUGCAACGUGGUGGUGGCAAACGCCGGAGUACUUUGAGGAUGCUGAUGGAAGUGAAGUGCCAUUGAAACCUGGUGGCCGCAGCGGUUCCAUCACAGUUGGAAGCCUAAAGCCGGAACAGACGAUUUGGCUCCGUCUCUUCGCAGUGAACCAAGCCGGCCGCUCCAAGCCCUCGGAAGCGUUGCCAUGCAGGUCAUCAGAGAGGCCUGGUAAAGUGCAAGAUUUGCGUUGCACCAUGCGCGGAGCUACCUGGUUGGACUUGCAAUGGCGCACCAGCGAUCCAGAUGGAGCACCUGUGAAGGAUUGCUGUGUGGAGGUGAGCAAAGCGAACUUCAUCCAUUCCUGGCUUCAAGUUCCACAGAUGCAAAUUCAACGCUUGGGCGAAGGACUCGAAGGACUCUGGCAAUCGAAGGCCAUAGAUCUGGAGAGGGAAGCCGACUAUCACGUACGGGUGAAGGCCUCCAAUGAGGUGGGUUGGUCCAUCGAACCAGUUCAGAUCAGCUGCCGCACGGCAGAGCGUCCUCACAGACCUCGGCAGUUGUCUUGUGUUGACUUGGGUACUGACUUUGUGAAGAUCGAAUUCAAAGUUGCGUCAAACUUUGGGCAAGAGGAGCACAUCAAUAAAGUCCAGGUGGAAGAAUCCGGCAUGUUACUUUGGGCAGAGAUCCGUCCCAAUCGUUUGGAGAUCGAAGAGUUGGGCACUGAAGUUGAUGGACAAACCGAGGAUGCAGACCUGCAGGACCUGGGCCCUUUCUGGAAUGCGGAGUUGUCAUACGAAUCAUUCAGACUUGUCAUACGUGGAUUGGAACCCAAUUCCUCGUACACAUGGCGGAUUGCAGUUGCCAAUGAAGUGGGUUGGAGCUGUGAAAAGUCUGAACCCUUUGAAUCUCACACGGUCUACCGUCCUGCUACCCCACGGCUCUUGGAAGCACAACGUGGGCCUUUCGAAAUCCGCGUCUUCUGGGAUCAGCUAGAUCCUUCAGGAGGUCCUAUCAAUCUCUGGGAAGCUCAAGUCCGUGAGUCAUCGCUUUUUUCCACGUGGUCAGCAGCCAAGGAUUUUGUGAUCUUGCGCCAACCCUCCUCGCCGGAUGAUGCCCACAGUGUUCCAAGUAGUGAGACUUCUUUGACUUCCACGUCAUUCAUCGUCUGGGAAGCAGCAUUUGGCUGCCUUAAACCAGGUGUGGAGCACAUGCUGAGGCUCCGCACUGGCAAUAUAGCAGGCUGGUCUGACUGGUCUGAGCCCUUAAAAGCCAGCACCUGUGGCCCACCCGUCAUCAGCAAAUGUACAGUGAUGCAGGUGCAGUCUUCUCGCGAUGCUUGUGAUUGGGUUGUCGACAUUUUCCUCGAGGAGAAUCCCUGCCGAGCUCUUAUUUGCACGGUCGACUUUGAGUGCGACCUGUGCCAGCCAAGUGAUGGUAAGCGCGCAAGAUACCAGACGGUGGCCAGGCACGCAAAGCAUGGCAACUGGCGGGCUCAUUUCCCGAGGCUGGUGAAGCAAGGCGCUGCUCUAAAAGCCAACGCUGUGGUGAUGGCGGGCAACUCAGCAGGGUGGAGCAAGGCCAGCUCUGUGACGUUUCAAGAAGCCAAGCACGAACAGCUGACAUGGGCACCAAAGAUAAGACAAGUGCAACGUGCACCUGAUGCCACGUCCGUUGUUGCAGAGACAUUGUGCUGCUUGAAGCUGUUUUUGUCAAGCGAAGCGGAGCUGUUAAGUGAUUUGCAGCAGGAAAUGGCGUCCUUCCUCUCCAUUGCCAGGUCCCAAGGCCGAAGAUCUCGGCAAAUUCAAGAGCUGGAGCACAGAGAAAAGGUACUGCUGACCGCCAUGGAGACCAUCGAGACCAUUGGACCCCUCAAGACCGUGAAGAGUGAGGAGCAAAGCUGGCUGCAAGACUGUGCCCAAAGGCUGAAACACAAGGAAACAAUUGUGGAGAAGGAGGCGGUUUCAAAGAAAGCUUCAGCUACGCAUGUGACAAUGUGGGAAGACUUUUGGGCUGAAGGAUCCUUAGUCACAGGCUUCCUCACAGAUGUGAGAAUCAUGCUUGAGGGCUGCCUGUGGCUGGAAGACAUGCGAUGUCAACUGGAGAAACUGUGGACCAAGCUGUGCAACUGUGCGGAAAAUCAGGAGGCUUCCGAAUCCCAGCCAGCCCGUGUGGUACGGCUUUGGGCAAAGAAGCGUGAAGCAUGGGCCACCAGAUUUGAGGGCCAGUUUGUCGCGCUGAUCAAGCAGGCGACAAUGACAGCUGCACAGCUCAUAGCAGUCACUCGCAACUUGCCCAGCUCUGGACACUCUGAGCAUUUGCUGCGAUCGGCUCUGAAGACAGAUGCUUUGGCGGCUUCCAAUGUAGCCGUCUCCAACUUUGAUUCCAACUUCUUGUCACACUUGCGGGAGCACACCAUGCGAGACUUGUUUGCCCUGAAGAAUCUGAGAGUUUCAUGUGAUCACCAGCUUCGAAAAUUGCAACGUGCUCUGGAACUAUUGGCCGUCUCGGCGCAAACCGCUGUCGGUUCAGCAGGUUCCUCUGCGGUCGCAGGCGCUCACAGCUUUCCUGAGGUGAGUGUCACUGACAAAUUGUCGCAAACAGCACUUGGCUUAAUCCUUACCCUGGUAAUGCCAGUGCCCGGAAGUGUGGAGGUCGGAGUUGCUUCCAUUGGUGCUUUGUGGCUUGAGGGUGAUUCGGCUGGCAAGCACUUGGUGGUAGAACAUCCUCUGCCGGAUCUGCAGCAGCUGAAUCCCUUCAGCCGCUUUCGGCAACGAGCACGGCACAGCGCUGAACGACUGAUGAAGAGCUGGGCAGCGAGCCCUGCUGUGCACCUUGACCAGGGCGACCAAGGCGACCAAGGCGACCAAGGCACUGAGAUCGAGGCGGAGCAAGCGGAGCAAGCGGAGCAAGAGACUGCCACACUGCUGGUCCAUAAUGCAGCUUCUCGCAUCAUCACAGUCAGAAUCCUCGAUCGUGGGCGAAACAUUGCCCUUCGAGCGUAUGAGAAGGUUCAGGAGGCACAUCCCAUGGUCCGUUUGGUCUCGCAAGCGCUUGUCCGUGGUUUUGGCGCCGUGUCUGGGAAUACCUGGCAGGCGAUGCCGGGAGUUGCCAUUGGCCCAGCAGAUUUGGCGCUUUUGCCGCUGCCAGCUCGCGAGGGCUCCAGCUACGAGAUCGAGUUUGCCUACGGUCUGUUGGACUCUUCAGAGCGCCCAUUGGGUCGAGUGCCAGCUCGCACUGGAAUGGCUGUGAGUUUUGUGCACUUGGACGAUGAGAUCCAUGUCGACAACCUGUUGCGGGAAGAGAUGCUCGUUGCAGCAGAUGAAUUGCCUCAGGCAUCAAGCCACGGCCAACAUUCGAGCACUGCAGAGGCAUUACCAGAAGUCACAAGCCCGUCACAGGAUUCACUGGAGCCAAAGUGCCCACCUCACAUAUCCUACAUCAGGGCGGCCAACAAGGAUGCAGUUGAUUUGACACUUCGCUUCUUCCAUUUGGGCUCUACUCUUCCGUCGGUGUCCAGCACUCCAGGAGCUGGGAACUUGGGACGCUUGUUUCGUCAACCAGUCUUGGUCGCAUCGCUAGCACCAGGAGAAGAGCGAGACUUAACUUUGGAGGUGAGUCGACGCGAAGGCGGCGAACCCGACGGAGAGGCCAGCGACAGAGUCAUGGCUGCAAGACUGGAAGGGUUUGCAACGUUCGUGACUUCCAAUCGAUUUCUUUCGAAGGAGGCCUUUGAUCUAGGCUCCACUGUCAGGACAUCAAGGAGCAGCACAGGGAGCAAGGCACCGCGCUGCAAAGACUUGGAAGAGCGUGCUGCGCCAGGAAAGACUUCGACCGUGGUGUCAGACUUCCACCAUGCUUUGGGGCCCAUCAUCGAGCUGCGGCCUCGGACGCCAACGGUUUGGAAAGGCCGGCCCUGUCAGGACCUUCUGCGGGCAGCAAGCUUUGACGGCUGCUUCAUCACAGAAGAUGCAGAGCAGCAAAGACGAAAACAUCAGAGCCGAGUUGAAGCCUUUUCCAAAUUCCUCCCAUGGUGGAUCUUGGCUAAUGACGCUACUGUGCUCCUCUUCAUAGCUAUUGAUGUUGGCACUUACUUCGAUGGAAGUCAGGGCCUUGGAUUUGGCCCCUUGGGAUCCGGAUCCUUUGUGUCUUUCGCUCAAAUGAGCUAUGGCCUGGUGGUGCUUGCUUUUGGCUUGGUACUACGUUUUGUUUUUACCUUUGGCACAGAGGAGUCGACAGUCAGAGAUACGGUGUUGAUCUUUGUAAGUGUCACAGUGACCAUGUGCCUAGCGCCUCCCUAUCUCCAACCAGUUGCCAUGCUCACGCGUUUAGUGCUGCUGGAGAUUGUGCCUGAACCUGUCUGGUAUUGGCGAAUGCAAGUGGCUUCAGUUCCUGUGAAUGUCGGAAUGUCCUGGCUGAAGGCAUCCACCAAUGCAGCUUCGAUCGAUUUCAUGCACAUCCUUGUUGCCGAAUUAGUAGGCUCGCUUUCUAUUGUCAUGGCUCAUUGUAAGAAUGAUUGGGCAUUCUCAAAACAAAUGCUUGCAACUAUCUCGGCGGAGACGUGCGCGGAAGAAGCAAAUAGUCUCUCUCUGGGUGUAAGGCAGCUCUUAAGUGUGACCUGCGACGCCUGCGCAUCUCUCUGCAAGGAUCUUCAUGUUUCAAAGCCUUCCAGCAGUUUGUUGGGUAUCCUCAAGGUCAGUGAGGAUCAGAUCCUCAACAGGAGCUUCAGAGACUUUGUGAUGGCAGAUGAUCAGGAGCACUUUCAAUCCAUCGUAGACCGUUCCUCUAUGACUCCCAGCAGUGGACUAAUCCACUUAGUGGACAAUGAGCAGAUGAAGUUCAAAGCCAAGCUUUUCAUGGUGCAGUUAGGGAGCACAGGUCACUUCAUCGGGAUCAUCAAGGAAGGUCAUGAGUCAUCGGAUGAUGCUGGCCAUGGUGGUGGUGUCCCUGGCCCUGGUGAUAUGCAUUUUUUGCUCGGCCAGCCUGGCAAGUUUGCUGACAUUGAGGGGGCCAUCUCUGAGCGUCCUGACAGUGCCUGUGCCAUGUCCUAUCCACUGACACGACAUGUUCGUGACGUAGAAGAACUGGAAAGGAUCUGCCUUGUGAUUGAUCCCUUGUCCGGGGAUCUUGGUUUCACUGUGAAGUCUGCGACUAUUGAAUUUGCCGAACUGCCAUCAGGAAAGCAGCAACGGUUAGCAAACCUCACGGAGUGGCUCGACCCCCAUUGGCGCAAUGAAAUCCAGAACUGGAUCGAAGAGGAGGUGAAUUCGUCUUUCCAUGGACGGCAGAAAUCACGGCAGGUGGAAGGAGUUGAGCUAUUGACUCCAGGAGGAACAAUGCUUGGGGACUUUCGCAUCGGCCCUGUCCAGAACGCUCAAGCCGAGGUGGAAGGAGAUGAAGUGUGGCAAUUCGAAGCAGAAAUUCAUAUCCAAAAUUUCAAACACUUGCUGCAAGGGACGGACAUUCCAUUUCCACGAGGUGAUGGAAGAGACCACGGUCAGUUGACGCCCAAGAUGAAAGAGACUUCGUUUGACUUCGUCCCAGCCGUGUCAGGCAGCGAGAGGGCGGAGGCCAGUGCUUGUCGGGUCCAGACUUGCCUCGUUGCUGUGGCUCAAGAUGCGUGCACAGUUGAAGUCUCCCAAGUGACAGCUGACAGCGGCCGCAUGUUGCAUCAUUGCUGUGAGACUGGAGCAGACCAAGCGGACCCGCUUCCAGUGGUUGACAAUGAUGUGCAGAAUGUGCAGAAGACUCAAUGGGCGGCAGAGUGGGCACGACUCAAUUCACAGUUUCAAGCAUCCCAUCGGGAGCACAUGAUUGCAGCCAAUGAGUUGGUCAAGAAGAUGCUGCGCCAUACCAACCAAUCCUCGAGCGGCGAACGAUCCUCAAAGCUACGAUCGCCGGGCCAACUCCCAGGCGAACGAUCCCCGGGCCGACCCCCAAGCGAGGCACGAUCGCCGGGCCAACUCCCAAGUGAGGGGUUGGCCGGGUUGGCCGGGUUGGACGAUGACAACCAGAUGUACCAGAGCGAGUCAAAUGGAGAGAGCUUGGUGCCAGAUGGCGUUUAUUUGCAAGUGCCACCAACUGUUGUAAACGAAGAAGAUUCAAUCGCCUUGCGAAGAGGAAUGGAAAGUUUCAUCGACAAAGGUCCUCUGUUUGAAGGUCUGGAGCCCAGACGUGGCGUUUCCAAAAAGCGACGCCGGCUUUCUGCAAGGGAGAAGUUGAUCUCCAACAACAGCCCCCUGAUGCACGUUGCCCGAGAAAUGGCUGACCCACAUGGCCUUGGUGCUAUGGUCAGACAGGUACCCUGUGGGGAGCGCUGUGCCAAUCGCUUCUUGAAGUGUGUGGAGUUUUUGGAGUCACUCAACGAACCACCCCGCACUGGCUGUUUGGCACAUUUCACCAGCUCCACUGCUUUUGCCAUCGUAGUGGUGUGCGUGAUUCUGGCUAACACAGCGGUUACUAUCUAUGAGGCUGACGUGCUCAUACAGAACCAAAGCACUGAGACCUUUACUUGGCUAAGCAUUGCGGAGUUGGCCUUCAGUGCCUUCUACGUUUUGGAAUUCCUGCUGAAGCUAUCAGUCCACAAACUCUACUUCUUUUGGUGCGCUGAAUGGAGAUGGAAUGUGUUCGACGCUUUGAUGGCCAUUCUAUCAGCUCUGAGUGCAGUCAACUCCCUUCUGGAGUCCGUGAGUGGCACGAACAUGAGCUUCCUUCGGUCCUUUCGCUUCAUCAAGGUGUCUCGAAUUCUGCGGGGACUGCGUGUGAUCUCCUUCGUCCGGCAGUUGCGCAUCAUGGUCUCCUCCAUUGUUGGGUCCGCCAUGGCACUGGUUUGGAGCUUGUUAGUGCUCUUGAUCGUCGAGGUGGUUUUCUCGAUUCUUUUCGUGCAGCUGGUGACAUCCUACGUUGCAGUAAAUCCGGACGCGCCAAACACACCGAAGCUCUUAGAGUGGUUCCCAUCAGUGGCAGGCACAAUGAUUUGCUUAUUUGGUGCGACGACUGGUGGUUUGGAUUGGAUCGAGGUGCAUGCUCUUUUGGAGCCAUUAGGAACCUUUGCUCAGUCAGCAUUCCUUUUCUACAUUGCAUUUUUCACCAUCGCCGUGUUCAAUAUCUUGACGGGCAUAUUCGUUGAGAAAGCUCUUCACAUGUCUGAUCAAGCGGACCGGGCGGUGGAGUACAUGAAACAAGAACGAGAAGAUGCCCAAGAUCUUCGGCAAAUCUGCAAUAGGAUCGACUUUGAUGGCAAUGGUCGGAUUGCUUGGCCAGAGUUUGAAGCGUACAUGCAAAACAACAAUGAUGGCUUUGCACGGCUGAAGGCAUGUGGUCUCGAUGUUCAUGACGUGCACGAGUUCUUUGUCAGCCUCACUAGUGGUCAACCAGCUGAGAGCGUGGAAAUCGAGGACUUCAUCCACCACGCGAUGAGGCUUCGCGGCAAUGCUACGAGCAUUCAGGUGAAGUCCAUUGCCUCUCAAAUGAUGCGGGUGCAAUCCGAGGCACAGUCUACUAUGAUGUGGAAACUCGACACGAUGACUCUUCAGCUUCGCAAAGCCUUAGCAACAUUGAACACUGAAGUCAAAGCAUCGCGUUUUUUGAGCUCCAAGAUUGAGAGACAGAUGAGUGAGGCUUCUCAUGUUUUCUAAUGGCAGCAUUGGGUCUGCAAAACUGAUUGUAG